CCUUAGGUCUUCUGCUCGAAGAAGGCAAGCGGAUUAAAUAGGAUUUUCCAGGAUCCGAAAAGGAAAACACACAAGAGCCCAGGGAUGCAGGUACCUCGGGUGAAGCUCUUGAUGGGCUCGGCAGCCAUGUUCGUCUUCGCCAUCAUCUAUGGCUGGGUCAUCUUCCCAAAAAUUCUCAAGCUUAUGAUUUCAAAGCAAGUCACUCUGAAGCCGGGAUCGGAUGUACGAGAACUGUGGUCAAACACUCCAUUCCCCCUGCACUUCUAUAUCUAUGUAUUCAACGUCACCAAUCCCGAUGAGGUUUCCGAAGGAGCUAAGCCCCGACUGCAGGAAGUCGGUCCUUUUGUGUUCGAUGAGUGGAAGGACAAGUAUGAUUUGGAGGAUGAUGUCGUGGAAGACACGGUUAGCUUCAACAUGCGCAAUACUUUCAUAUUCAACAAGAAGGAUUCGCUUCCACUGACGGGCGAAGAGGAGAUCAUCCUUCCACAUCCCAUAAUUCAGCCUGGCGGCAUUUCGGUUCAAAGGGAAAAGGCUGCCAUGAUGGAGCUGGUUUCCAAAGGUUUAAGCAUAGUUUUCCCAGAUGCCAAGGCCUUUUUGAAGGCCAAGUUCAUGGACCUGUUUUUCCGGGGAAUCGACGUGGACUGCUCCUCGGAAGAGUUUUCGGCCAAGGCACUCUGCACGGUCUUCUAUACGGGAGAAGUUAAACAGGCCAAACAAGUCAAUCAGACGCACUUUCUGUUCUCCUUCAUGGGACAGGCCAAUCACUCGGAUGCUGGACGAUUUACAGUAUGUCGUGGAGUGAAGAAUAACAAAAAGCUGGGAAAGGUCGUGAAAUUCGAUGACGAACCGGAGCAAUCCAUUUGGCCGGAUGGCGAGUGCAAUACAUAUGUGGGCACUGAUUCCACAGUAUUUGCACCGGGUUUGAAAAAGGAGGAUGGUUUGUGGGCCUUCACACCGGACUUGUGUCGAUCCUUGGGAGCCUAUUACCAGCGAAAGUCCUCGUAUCAUGGAAUGCCAUCCAUGAGAUAUACCCUGGACCUUGGUGAUAUACGUGCUGACGAAAAGCUGCAUUGCUUUUGCGAAGAUCCCGAGGAUCUGGACACGUGUCCGCCCAAGGGAACCAUGAAUCUGGCUGCCUGCGUUGGAGGUCCUUUGAUGGCCUCCAUGCCACAUUUCUAUCUGGCCGAUCCAAAGCUGCUGGCCGAUGUGGAUGGCCUCAAUCCCAACGAAAAGGAUCAUGCGGUCUACAUAGACUUUGAACUUAUGUCUGGAACACCCUUUCAGGCUGCCAAGCGACUGCAGUUCAACCUGGACAUGGAACCAGUGGAGGGCAUUGAGCCGAUGAAGAAUUUGCCCAAGCUGAUAUUGCCCCUAUUUUGGGUGGAAGAGGGUGUGCAGCUCAACAAGACCUACACCAAUUUGGUCAAGUUCACCCUGUUUUUGGGCCUUAAAAUCAACUCUGUCCUGCGCUGGUCCCUAAUCACAUUCUCCCUAGUUGGCCUGAUGUUUUCUGCCUAUCUUUUCUACCACAAAUCGGACAGUCUGGACAUUACCAAUAUCUUGAAGGAGAACAACAAGGUGGAUGCUGUGAGCAGUACAAAGGAGCCCCUGCCUCCGACUAAACCAAGGCAACCGACCAACACUUUGCAACCAAUUCAGGGGGGCAAUACGCUAAUUCCAGGCACCAAUCCUAGUAAUCCCUCCAAUCCCAUCGAUCUCAACAAUCUUAACAAUCUCAAAAUGCAGCAAAGAGAGCGCUUCUAAUGCCUAAAAGGCGAUCUCUUCACCGUAGUCGUAGUCCAUGCACCUGUAGUCCAACAUGAGCUAAUAAAUUGAGACAGAUAAAAACACAAUCGUCUGGCAAACUGGUCGGUGGCCAGUCGAGUGAUCGCUAAUCGAUGAUCGUUGAUCGCAGAUGACAAGAUCUGUGCGCUCUACUGACACCAAUCAACGGAGAUCAGUGAAAUCUAGUCUAGCAGCGAAAAACGCAAGACCAGCAAUCGCACUUGGAGAUCUGCGAACGCAUCAGUCUGUGAAUUGACAAAUCGCUUUUUAACAAUGGUUGCAAUGUUUGCAAAAAAGAAAAUUAUUGCGGAAACAGGCUGUUAUUUGUAAGGCAUUGAUAAAUGAUUUGUAAACAGAAAGCUAAAUGUACUCAUUUCAAUAAUGUAUAACGAAGAUAAAUGGUUUGGAAUUGACUCAUAAA